UGUGUGUGUGUGUGUGUGUAUACGUAGAUGAUUGAUAUCAACGUCAGGUCAAUACGACGAAUAUAGAAAGAGAAAGAUCUGCCGGUAAAAUUGACCUAUCUGUAACUAAAUUCAUGCGAUUUUUUACCGAAAGGCAGUUAAAUAAGUUUCUUGUUCCGAAUCUCGUAUGUUUCCGCGAAGGAAUGCUUGGAAAGGCAAGGAUCAAGCAACGGUGGAAUCGAGAGGAUGCAUGACGCUAAAUGAAAAUAUAGUACGAACGGCCAAUGUCCAUCGAUGGAACGUAAGAGUCAAUCGAUUCGUGCUGAGUCGACUAAGUGCGUGAGUGAACGAAGGAGUGAGAGAGAGUGAGUGAGGGCGGGGGGGGGGGGGGAGAAAGAGAAAGAGAAUCGAUGGUUACGCAAGACGAAAGUAAUUCUAUGGAGAAGAGCGAGGAAGGACGCUAAAGAUGAGGUGGAGAUGGAGGAGGAGAAGGGCAUAUGUGCAGAGAGAACUGAGGCAAUGUCAUCGAACUUACAUAAUAUAUGAAAAUCUCUUUUGAAAGAUGUUUUUAAGGAAGCUACGAAAGUGUUUUUCCAAGAAGAUGACUUAAGGCGCGAAGGCACUCGGACAUUCUUUUCGCGAGGGAUGGUACGAGCGAUGGCCAGGUGAGAGGUAGAAAGCGAGGAAGAAAGGUAAGAGGUACGAAGAAGACUCGGGAAGGAACGAUCAUUGAGAGACAGUGCAUCGGGUGCUUCACGGUGGACGGACGAUGUCGGUCCUACGAGACUUUUGAGACGCAUGUAACGUCACGCAAAAAUGCCGAUCAUCCAGCCUCUUCUGUAUCUCGUCACCAUUGUCUUGUGCAACGUUCACGGUAAUCUUGAGCAUGAGGUCCCACGGAGAAGCUUCCUGUCGCGCAGGGCGAUCGAUGGCACCAGAGGAAGAAAGUACUUCGAUCCCGAGGAAGAGGGUAGCUUCGAUAGCUAUGGAUCUGCCGGUGGGCAAUAUGAUCGAUAUAAAGAUAAACAAGAUCACAGUGACAUCAGGAUGAAUGUACCAGGAGAACCUGGUACCGACUAUCCAGCUUAUACGACGUUACCGCAGACAGGUUUCUCGUGCGAAGGACGUUCACGCGGUUAUUACGCGGACGAAGUAGCUGGAUGUCAAGUAUUUCACGUUUGUCACGACAUUUUAAUCUCCUCGUUCUUGUGCCCUAUCGGAUCCAUCUUCAGUCAGAAACUCCUCACCUGCGACUGGUGGAGCAAAGUAGACUGUUCGACAACUCGCAAAUUCAUUGAAAUAAAUCGCAAUGGUCACUAUCAGGAAGACGACGACGAACUGAUACGCAAAGCUUACGGUAUGAUGGGCCUGCAAACUGGAACGGACGUUGCCGGUGACGAAUUAGUGGAUCCUGAUAGAGGAGGUAGGAUCAUUGACUACAUUACGAUUGAUUCCACGGGGAACGAUUUGCCAGCUUAUCGCAAUGAUCUUCAACGAACGAAAACACCUCAAUUUCUCUCGAUUUACGACGAACAUUCGGAAAGAUCAAGCCCGCCGACCUAUCCUAAUACAUUUUAUAGUAAAAAUUAUCAUACUCGACCGUAUCAGGAUUCACAUAUAAUACAUAUCGAAAAAAUUGGAGAAGAGAAUUAUCGAGAACCAGUGAGGUACAAUUAUCAAGAUAUUCGCGACAAAUCAGGAAAAAGGAUCGAUGAGUUUCAGCCGUCGUAUGCGCCGACCGUACCGACCGUCACUACUACCACGAGAAGAUUGUAUUCGCCUACGAUACCGACGACCUACAGACCUUCUACCUUAGUUUAUAACAGGUUCGAUCAAGCCAUCGAAAGUUCCGAUCAUCUUUACGCACACAGCCAGGAAUCUAGAAACAUCUUCACGCUAUCCACUCCUUCUAAUAAGAACUCGAAAGGAAAGUACAACGAUGGUAAUCCGCAAGGCGAAAUAAACGAUAAAGAAGAGCGGGAUCACGAUCGCUUAAAGGAUGACCCCGUGGAUAGCUACGAACAUGUUAAACCUAUCGAUUCACCGGAGGAACAGUUUCAAGUUCGUCCAACUUUCGUUGAAGAAGAUUAUAACGACGGCAUUGAAAUAAAAGAAAGUAUUGACAUUGCUCGAGCUUUGAAUGCAUCAAACAAAUUCAGGAUUCACGUGCGAGAUCCCAAAGACAAUGUGAAGAUGAAUAAAAACGAAGAUGAUUCUUCGGCUUUACGCUUGAAUGGAACCGAAUCGCUUGAGAGUAGCGAAGAAUCGGUCGAUCAGUGGCAUACUGAAACGACCGAUACUCUUGAUUAUGCAAGUAUUUUCGAAAAAGGUACUACUACUCCUAUCAUCGAAUAUUUAUCGCGUCUCAAGUUGGAAGACAAUAAUACAGAAAUAGAAGAAUCAUCGACUACUUUGUCAUACGAGGAAAAUUUAACGUCAACGGAAACAACAACAAUAUCAUUAGAUAAGAAAUUGUAUACUACGGAAAAGUCACGGAUCUUUAACGAUGACGAUUCCGAGAGUGGAAAGAAUAUCGAUUCGGCCAUUUUACAACCUGACAUCGUUUUAAAACCACCGAUUUUUACCGAAGGAAACUUUCGGAUAAACGUUCCAGAUUAUCUUUCUACUCAAAUACCCAUUUUUCAUACGUCGCAUCGUAAAACGUACGCAUCGGAAGUACAAAUUAGCACGGAAGUUCCAAUAGAUGACGGCUUGAUUAAAAGAACGAACGUAUCGGUACCUUGGUUCCACCGUACUACUGAUCCUCCGGCAAGAGACAUAGAGCCACCGUUUCUCGUUUCUAAAGAUAAUAUCGACGAGAUCGUCACGCAGAGUUCUAUAUUCGAUAUGAUUGUCCAAGACGUACCAACGCAAGAUACGAAUAUUUAUUCUCAAGGCGAGAAAGUAGACGGAAAAGUGGAGGAUAAAAUUCGGAGAAAUUCGAGGGAGCAGGAAAAAGUGAAAUUUUUUAACGAAUCGAUAGAAAUUUUCGGAAGAGACGUUCAACCAACAAUCGUCGACUCCUCGACAAGUCUAAGAUAUAUAGAAGAGGCGAUCGAACGGAACAAUUCACCUUAUCAAGUAUCCGUGACCCUGAAUAAAAAAAAGAACGAAUCGGUGCCAAUCAAAGAUGACUUGGUUAUUAGCUUAAUCGAACAACACGAGAGAAAUAGCUCUAGUUCUGAUAAAUUAGGAGGUCAAGUCGAAAUCGUCAAAUCUAUCGAAGGGAUUACUGAGACUGGCAAUAAUGAUUUUUCGCGUACUAACAAUAACAAUAAAAUACUUUCUUCGAACGAUACAAUUAAUUUAUCGAGCAAUCAAAAGAAGGUAGAAAGCAGCGUUGAUUCGAGUAACGUAAACGCUUUGAGUCUUCUACAGUUAAUGGCAGAAUUACUUAAAAUCGAUCAUAUCCCUCGACCUUUCUCCUUGAAUAACCUUCAAGGUGUACAAUCGAAUCUGGGAUCUAAUUUGGAUAAAAAAGAAUUGUCCGUCACGACGAUUAAAUCCGUUCACGAUAGUUUGCAAAGAGAGAGAAUCCUCGAGAGUUUACCUUUCAAUAGCGAUAAGGAAAAUGUUAUGCCACGACCGCGGGAUAUUUUUGAUGGAACGAUUAAUCCACAAAGUCCUUCGAAAGAUCAAACUUUAGACAAAUUGAGCAACAAGUAUCAUCGGUCUUUAAACGAUACAGAGAAUCGGUUGCCAAUUUAUCAACUACCUCAAAUACAGAGGUCAUUAGAUUUCGAGGUAUCUAAGGAAUUUUUUAACUCUUCGACGAUUUCGCCAACUUCUACGACGUCGUUUCCAAGAACAACCAAUGUUGUCGAAUCUGCCAAAACUGUCGUGGAAACCGAAUUUGUUCCUUCAAUAGGAUUUUCUUUCGAUACGAACGAAGGUCGAAAAAAAUACAUCGAAGCUAUUCUUGGCGGUUUAUUGAACGAAUCGAUUCACGAAAAUACCACGAACAAAUCGUUUAGCAUGGAGUCGAUCGAAGGAUCGUCUGACAAUUAGUCAAGUCGAUUUUCAUCGACGCAAAUUUAACUAACCAUUAUACGCGUUAUUUUUAAAAGCUCUGUUACUCUCUCUCUCUCUCUCUCUCUCUCGCUCUCUCUCUCUCUCUUUUUUGAAUGUGAUACUCAAUGGUAUCUCUUGCAUUUUAUUCUUCUUCUUGUUUUUCUUACGUUCUUUUUUAUUUUUUUAUUUUUCUAUUUUUUUAUUUUUUUAUUUUUUUAUUUUUUUAUAUUUUAAUUUUUUUUUACAUCAGUCCUUCUACGUACAUGGAUAUGUACGUAUUUUGAACACGUGAACGUUUAUAAAUGUAAUUUCAAGAUAUUCGACGAUAGUUUCAUAUUUGUAAAUAAUUCUAUAUCUGUACAAUUUUAAUCUGUGCAAUUACGAUGUAAUAAUAUGUAAUUACAAGAAAACAUUUUCAAUAUAUGCGAAGAAAAAGUUUUCUUCGGUAUACAA